AUCAACUACAACAUCACUUUGAGACCUAACCUCAAGAGCUUUACUUUCGGUGGCAAUGAAGCCAUUAAAGUGCGGAUCAACUCCGAGACCAAAGAAAUUGUUCUCAACACUCAUGAGAUAGACAUCAGUGGCGCUACUUAUACGCCAGACAAUGGCAAAGCGUUAACUUCGGAACGGAUCCAAAGCGACAAAGAGACAGAAGUGUCGACCAUUGCGUUCAGCGAACCACUGGCCUCUGGAACCGGUGUCUUGAGUCUGGAGUUCGCGGGAACGCUGAACGACAAACUGAAGGGUUUCUACCGAAGCAAAUACACGAGUGCUGACGGACAGGAGGAACGGUAUGCGGCGGUCACUCAGUUCGAGCCGACGGACGCCCGGCGAGCGUUCCCGUGUUGGGACGAACCGGCGCUGAAGGCGACGUUUGACAUCACUUUAGUGGUUCCCAGCAAUCGGGUCGCGCUCUCCAACAUGAAUGUCAUCUCCGAAGAGCCGCUCAAAGAGGACGCGGAGCUGAAGUGCGUGAAGUACGCGACCACUCCAGUCAUGUCCACCUAUUUGGUGGCGUUUGUCGUCGGAGAGUUUGAUUACGUGGAGGGAAAGUCGUCCGAUGGAGUGGCCGUUCGCGUGUACACACCGGUGGGCAAGCGUGAGCAGGGUCAGUUCGCUCUGGAAGUGGCCACCAAAGCACUGCCCUAUUAUAAGGAUUACUUCAAUAUCGCGUAUCCGUUGCCUAAAAUGGAUUUAAUAGCGAUCGCCGACUUCAGCUCCGGUGCGAUGGAGAACUGGGGUUUAGUUACCUAUAGAGAGACAUGUCUUUUAGUGGAUCCGCAGAACACGUCGUCCAAUAGGAAGCAGUGGAUUGCGUUAGUUGUGGCGCACGAGUUGGCCCACCAAUGGUUCGGCAAUUUAGUGACAAUGGAGUGGUGGACACAUCUGUGGCUAAAUGAGGGCUUCGCCUCUUUCAUCGAAUACCUGUGUGUCGACCAUCUGUUCAGUGAAUACCAUAUUUGGACACAAUUUGUUUCGGACACUUCGCUACCGGCCCUUGAGUUGGACGCUCUCCACAACUCCCAUCCCAUCGAAGUACCUGUUGGUCACCCGUCAGAAGUGGAUGAGAUAUUCGAUGAGAUCUCGUACAACAAGGGGGCGGCUGUCAUACGAAUGCUUCACCGAUUCAUUGGGGACGAGUUCUUCCGCAAAGGAAUGCAUUCCUAUCUCUUGCGUCACAGCUAUAAGAAUACAUUGACUGAAGAUCUUUGGGCUGCACUACAAGAGGCCAGUAAUAAACCGGUCAGAGAUGUGAUGAGCACUUGGACUCUGCAGAAGGGAUAUCCAGUCAUAUCAGUGACAUCUCGUCGCGACGGAGAGUCAGUGUUUCUGACCCUAACUCAGGAGAAGUUCUGCGCCGACGGAAAACUGCCGGCUUCUGAGGCGACCACUCUAUGGAUGAUCCCAAUCGCUGUGACCAGAGCUUCAGAUCCCAACAAAAUAGCCGUCGAAGCGCUCAUGGAUUCCAAGACACUGGACAUCGAAGUGCCAAAAGUCUCGACCACUGAAUGGCUGAAACUGAACCCAAAUUGUGUCGGAGUAUAUCGAGUCAACUAUUCUCCAGAUCUACUGAAUCUUAUGCUGCCUUCGGUUUCGGACAAAACACUUCCGCCUUUGGAUCGAUUGGGUCUUCAGAACGAUGUCUUCGCAAUGGUUCAGAGCGGAAGGUCGUCGACCGUAGAGGUCCUCAAAUUGAUGGACGCCUUCUCUAACGAAGACGACUACACCGUUUGGAACUCCAUUAACGGAUGUCUCGGGAAACUGAAUCAACUCCUGUCCCACACAGAACUGGAACCGCUUUUUCACGCAUUUGGCCGACAAUUGCUGUCAAAGAUAUAUUCACGACUCGGAUGGGAACCGAUUAAAGGGGAAACCCAUUUGGACACUUUGCUCAGGAGUUUAGUUAUCAAUCGUUUGGCCUCUUUUGAUGACCAGACAGUGAUAUCUGAGGCCAAAAAGCUGUUUGAGUCGCACUGUGGCGGCACUUAUGUCAUACCCCCUGAUCUCAGGGCAGCCGUCUAUCGAGCCGUAGCUCUCGAUUGCAAUGACAAGACUUUUGACAACUUAUUUAAACUGUAUCGCGAGACAGACCUCCACGAAGAGAAGGAUCGUGUGGCCAGAGCUCUGGGAUCUGUCAAAGACGCCAAUCGUAUCGCAAAAGUUCUCGAUUUUGCUCUUUCCAAUGAGGUCCGCAAUCAGGACACUGUGUUUGUGAUAAUAUCGGUGGCGCUCACGAAGAAUGGACGGGACAUCGCGUGGGACUUCUUUAAGACAAACAAAGACGAGUUGAGGCGUCGAUAUGAGGGCGGGUUUAUGGUCUCCCGUCUCGUCAAGUACAUCUCUGAGAACUUCUCCACUGAAGAGAGAUAUCAAGAAUUGGAGAAAUUCUUCGCCGAAAACCCAUUCCCGGGAACCGAACGCACAGUACAGCAGUCGCUCGAAACGGUUCGCCUCAACAUUGAAUGGUUGGCCCGAGACCUGCCAUCCAUUCAAACCUAUUUAACCAAACGCUCGUAAUUAAGUGAAACUUUUAAUUUAUAAUUUAAGUUAAUCAUCACUUUUAUUAUUAAUUUUGUGACUGAAAUCUAAAUAAAUAUAAUUUACAUUAAAAAAUAA